UGUGUGUGUGUGCCAGCGCCCUUUUGAGCUCACGCAUCGGUUCAUGCAGCUGCUGCCAUGCCUCCUCUGUUUGUGGCUCGGCCUAUGCGCAGCGUCCGAUUUUGCCGAUGUGCUGGCCCGUGCCGCUCGCGUCAAACAUGACAUCGUUUCUUGGCGUCGAGAGCUCCACCGCUGGCCAGAGCUCAAUUAUCAGGAGCACAAGACCUCGAAGUUUGUACAGAAGGUGUUGGACGAGAUUGGGCUCAACUAUACCACUGGAUGGGGGGUGAACACGAGACAGGACCGCAUCCCUGGGCAUGGCGGCACAGGGAUUGUCGUAGACAUUGGCACAGGAGCACCCCCAAUUGUAGCUUUGCGUGCAGAUUUUGAUGGUUUGCCAAUUGCCGAGGUAACCGCAGUGAGUUUCAAAUCCGAGAACGAGGGUUUGAUGCAUGCUUGUGGCCACGAUGGUCAUACGUCCAUGCUUCUUGGAGCAGCCAAGUUACUGAAAGCCUUCAGGGAUGACGGGAUUUCUGGUGGUAUGUCUCUUUGGCCAGCUUCGUUGCAGGGCACUGUACGGCUAAUCUUCCAGCCUGCCGAGGAGUCUGGUGCAGGCGCGGCACGCAUGGUCGAAGAAGGCGUUCUGCAAGACGUGUCGCGGAUAUUUGGAUUACACCUAUGGCCUUCGCUGCCCAGCGGCACCAUCGGAGGCAGGGCUGGCUACGCCAUGGGCGGCGAGGAAGACUUCGACCUCAUCAUCGUAGGCCGCGGUGCACAUGGUGCCAUGCCGCACGAAGGCAUUGACCCAAUCGUGGCAGGCUCCGCGGUUGUGCAGGCUGUGCAAGUUCUCGUCUCCCGUGAGACAGAUCCACUUGGAUCUGCAGUUGUGAGUAUCACGAUCUUCCAGGCAGGCAACGCCUACAACGCGAUACCCAGUGAGGUCCGGCUUGGCGGCACCCUUCGAGCAUUGACGGUGGAAUUGCUCGAGAAGUUGAAGCAGCGCUUCAUCCAGGUGGUGACCAAUGUGGUCGCUGCGCACCUGUGCUCUUUGAGCCGUGUGGACUUCUCCCCCGACAUGUACCUGCCAGUCCUUAACGACGUAUCUCUCUGGGAAUGGUUGUCCUCCUCGGAAGCUGGUAUUGUGGGGCCUGGUGGAGUGCCAUUUAGAGGUGAGUUGCCCCCAACUUUUGCCAGCGAGGAUUUCUCAUUCUUCAGCGCGAAGGUGCCCGCGGCCUUCAUUUUUCUGGGGAUGGGGUCCGGCUCCGACGCUGCAAGUCCAGGAUAUCCCACGAACGCUUCAUUGCACAACCCUGGUUUCAACAUCGACGAGGACGUCCUGCCUCUGGGCGCGGCACUGCACGUGCAACUGGCGGUGCAGUCACUCGUCAAGCUGGGCAGAUACACGACGCCGACGACGGAGUUGUGACUUUGGACUCUCGUCAUGAUGUGUUUGACUACUAUCGCCUCGCAUAAGCGGGCGGCGCGAGGGGGUGGGUCUUCCAACCAGGCGGGGGCUUCUCGGAUGGGCCCGGAAGCUUUCAGCAAGGCUUCUCAGAAGCCGGAAGGGAGGGCUAAUAAGAGGCCCCCUGCAAUCUCGGAAGAUUCCCGGCCUUUUGCGCAGGCAGCCCACUUCGCACAACCCCCUUGUGCAUGCCGCCUGGUCUGCCUGCCUGCCUGCGUUUUUUAUGUUUGUUCUCUCUCUCUCUCUUUCUCUCUCUCGUCUCUCGCCCCUCUUUCGCUAGACCUCCGUUUGGUUGCCUCCUUAUCUUCUGUCUCUGUCUCUAUUCAAACGCUUCGCGCUCACCGCCCGCCAGCUCUUGUGCUCGCACGACGAUCUGGACAUGGCCCCAUGAUGUGCUACCCCCCAGGAGGGCAACAUCGGCUCUAAGACCAUUCCAA